GCGCUGCGUGCAUUAAAAGCCCAAGAUCCGCAGAGCACUCCAACGCAUCCUCCUUUGGGGUUCUUCCUGGCUCCUGCCAUACCAUCUCCCGAGGCCGUGGCGCGAGGAGACGAAGAAGCUCGGGGUCGAAUCAUCCGUCGCCGGAGAACAAGUUGCUAGGGAUGCCGCUCGGUGGUUCCGGUGGAUCUAGCGUCGUCGUUCCUCGGAACUUCAGAUUGCUUGAAGAACUCGAACGAGGAGAAAAGGGCAUAGGAGAUGGCACUGUAAGCUAUGGUAUGGAUGAUGGAGAUGAUAUUUAUAUGAGAUCUUGGACGGGAACAAUUAUUGGUCCUCAUAAUACUGUCCACGAGGGCCGCAUUUAUCAGCUGAAGUUGUUUUGCGACAAGGACUAUCCAGAGAAACCACCUAGUGUUCGGUUCCAUUCCCGUGUUAAUAUGACUUGCGUUAAUCAUGAUUCCGGAGUGGUUGAUCCAAGAAAAUUUUCAGUUCUAGGGAACUGGCAACGUGACUACACGAUGGAGCAUAUCUUGACACAGCUUAAGAAGGAAAUGGCCACAUCACAUAAUCGCAAAUUGGUUCAACCACCAGAGGGUACACACUUUUGAGACGGGCGGGCUCAGUUGUGACUUUAGAUUGAAGGGGACUACCCAUGUAUCAAUUAGUUAUUGUAGUCUACUCUUUCAUGCUUGGUUCGGAACUUUUGGAGAUAAUAUCCAGUGUGGAGUUUGCUUCUUUGACUGCAAUUGCAGUGAAUUGCUUAUCGUCUAUAUCUCUCUUAUAGCGCACAUCUCUCUUUCUUUCGGGGAAUACGAAAUGAUGCUUCGAAUUUUGGCUA